AUCCUGGGGCUGCCCACCGCACCCUGCUGCUUUGCUCCAGAUCUUGGGCCAGCUUCUCUGACGCUGCAGGCCUCAGUGUCUCUCUCGGUCUGCGGGAUGGGCACCCAGAGAAUCUCUGAGGCCUGGCUCUGCCCUGUGACCGAGUCAAGGCCCUGCAACUCAGGGUCCUGUCAGAUGGCCAGAGGCCCCUCACAGCCGUGUCUCCCACGGGGACAUGUAGGCGGACGGGCUUUGGAGGCAGCAGCCAAGUUGGUGCUCCUCGGGCGUUGGUGGGUCUGAUCCCUGGGCAGGUGGGGGUCUCCUGGAAGGCCCAGAGCUGACAUUUCUAGCAGCCACUUCAGGUGGUCCUCCUGCUCUCUGGUGGGAGAACAGCGUGAGGACAUGGGUUCCCAGAGCUCCCCCCGCUGGGAGUUACUGCCCAGCUCCUGAGGGCGUCCUCUGCCCUCUUUCCCCUUUGGCACCUCUUUGGCACCAAGUAGGGAGGAGACAUUUUCUUGCCAUCCUGUCCCUUUUGCUAGCUCUUUUCACAUCUGUGCACACCAAUGCCAGAGCUGUGUGACCUUGGCCAGGGAAGGGCCUCCAUGUGAAGUCCUUCGCCCAGAGUCACGAGUUCUCCAAGUCCCCUCUUUCCGCCCUCAGGCUGGUGGUCUUUGAUGUUGUCCCGUGCCCAUCUCCUGACGUUUCGCCAUUCCUCUCCCACGGAGGGAGGGGUGCUGGUUCUCUGGGUCUAUGUCAUUAUGCUCCGCACUUACACAGACCCCAUCAGUGGAGGCAGGGGCACGGGGAGAAGAGGGCAUUAGAGGCUCGCCUGUGGCUUGGUAGUAUAGAUGCUUCCAGUUGGCCCUGUUCCCUCUGCAUGGCCUUGAAGGGGUUAAUGGUGCUGGAACUGACCGGGCCUGGCCCUCUCUCUCCCUUCCGCCCCCUCCCCCUCUGGUCCCCUUCCUCUGGACUUCACAUCCUGUGUUUAGGUUCCAGCCCACAUACCUCUCUAAUCUGAGAGGCGCGGGCUGCCCUGCUGCUCCUUCCGGGCUGGCCCAGUGGGCCCUCUAGUCCAGCUGUCCCCUGCCUGGAGAGCUCCCAGGGCACUGCCCUCUGGGUGUCCUAUUGUUCCUGACAAACCCCCCCCACCUGCCCCCGCCAGUCCCCUAGUGGGUGCCGAUGAGGAACCCCUUCACACUGCUGGGGGCUCUGUGCAGCGGGAGUGGAGCGCCUGACCCCUCCGGCCUCCCAGCCCUGCUCCCGGCUGCCACUGCCACGGCCAGGACUCCUGGCGGCCAGGGCUCUGGGCCUUUCCUGCUUGGGGUCCGAAGUGCUACCCUUCCUGCAUUGCUCUCCCUCGAAGGACUCACUGGAAACUUAUGGGGGUGGUGGGGGUAGGUGGCCCUCAGGGCAGAGCAGAAGCCCCUGCUCCCUUCCCCUGCCUUCCCCUCGCAGAGCUCCGGCCUGAUGGGCUAGGGUUCCACACAGCGCCACAGUCGCAGGAACAAAACAGAACAGUUUAGAAGUUGUGGGAUUUCUGUGGCUGUGCACCGUGGGCCCUGCAGCUCAGGCCCAGACCGGGGGGUCCCCAGGGGACCCCAGUGCGCCCUUCCCAAACCCGGGGGAAGCUGUAGCUCUGCGUGCGAGCAGGCGUGGUGUGGGCUGGCAGCCUUGCGGGGGGCUAUGUGGCGACCAGACUCCUCUGUCGGACGGCGCUGGGGCCCCUGACUCCGGGUUUAGAAACCCCGCAUCUCUGUGAUGUUCGGCGCUCGUUUAUAAGGUUCUAGUGGGUACCCCUUGGUCUUUUGGCCCCUGAGAGCCCGUGGGAUUGCCUGCCCCCUUCCCAGAGGCCCCAGGGAAAAGACUCAUGUUUUCAGGUCAUCUCUCAGUCAGUGGGCAGGACCCACAAGUCUUGAAGUCCGGAGCAGGGUUAGCAAGAUCAGGGCCACCAGAGCUGGCUCUUGGAGGGGGGUUGGUCCCCUGAGCUGCCAUAGAGGCCUGACCAGGCCUGGCAUUAGGUGGCCUCAGGAUUUGGGACCCGCUGUGUGCAUCUCUGCCCCUGCCUUUCCAAAGUGAGGAGGAAACGUGUUCAGUACCCUUACUGGUGGCGGGGCCUGUCUUUCCCGAAGGCUGUCACUGCUGGCGCUCCCUUCCGGAGGGCCUUGUCAUGGCCUGGAGAGCCCCUUCUCCCCCUUGAAACACCAGCACCUGGAAGGGCCUCCAGAUCUGGGCCUCCAGCUGGAAGGUCUGUGCUGGGUGGACUGAGCCCAAGACGCCCUUCUGCCCCGUCCACCGCCACUGCCCCCCUCCACCGACGGCUAGCUGGGAGAAGGCUUGCCCAUAGGCUCCCUUCCACUGUUGCUGUUGUCCUGCAGCCCUGGCCUGCCUUUGCCCCAGGUAGCCUCUUACCUUGAGCCCAGUCCUUCUCCUGUGCUGGGGCCCUGGGGGGACUUGUUCUGGGUCCCCAAGGCAAAGUGCAGAGAAAUGCCCCUGCCCCCUCCUGCUAAGCCUCUCUGGCCUUUGCAGCUUCUCUUGAGUGAGAGCUAGAAGCAGGGUGACCUUUGACCCUUUCUGGAAUUCCAGGGCUCUAGGGGCCCCUUUUACAAACUCCCACCACUUCCUUGAUGACAUAAGCACAAUGGCAGCUGCCUUUGCCUCUGGCUUGGAGCUCUGCUGUUCCUCCUCCCCGCACCCCAGGGACCCGGCUCCUGCCUGCUCCCCACUUUUUCCAUUCCGGGCCCCCGCAGUCUGCCUGUGGCCUGGAGCUCGGCUCCCACACUGGACUUCGUUCUGCGUCCUUCUUCCGUCGCAUGGAAAGAUUGUCCUUUUCCUGCUCAGCUCCUGGGCCCCCUUUAGGCCUUGGCUGUCCCCCACUUGACGUACACACAGCUGGUCAAGACCUCUUUGUUUCUGCACCUGGUUGUUGAAGCGAGGGGACCUGGGCCAGUGGUGGCACACCUUUGUCCCCCUGAGUUAGGAGGAGGCUGAGGCCACAGUCACAGAGCAGGACUUGCCCGAUCUGAAGCUUGCCUGGAGAAGUUUCCUGUGAUCCAGCACUUCAAGUUUGGGAGCCUGCUGCCCAUCCAUCCGGUCACCUCAUGCUAGGGGCGGAGCAGCCCCAGCCACCCGGGCCACCACCGUUCCUGUGCCUGCCCUCCCGUGCCCCGGCUCCAGUCACUCCCUGCCCCCUCCCCCUGUUCUUUCUGUUUGCUGAGAGGCUGUUUGCUGGGGUGGGCGGUGAGCACGGGGUUGAGGGAGGCUCAAGGCAUAGGGGUGUAGGACCCACAGUGAAGGGAGAAGUGACCAAAGUGGGGCCCGUUUCCCCAUGGCGGGGGCGGGGUGUGCUCGGGCCCCAGUCCUGCGCUUGGCCUUCCUCUGCUGCUUACCCGUCUGGUCCCGCUCGAGACCCGACCCGGCUGGCCUGCACCCCCGGGAGGGAAGGGGGUUGCGGUUUGCUUUCCUCUCCCAGGUCCCGUUGCCUUCUUAGGGGUUCGAGUGGUUGCUUCCCGGGGGUUGGGUCUGUUACUGAAGCCAUGUUUGGGUGGGUGUCUGGGGGUUCCGAAGGCUGCAGGCUGAGGCUGGCGGCCAGCCUGGGGUGGGCUCGGGAACCGAAGAGCAUCAGCCCCUGGGCGUGCUGGUGCCUGUGUCCAGCGCCUCAUCCUGGCUUCUCUGUUCUUUGCCCUUUGGCUCUGCUGGGUUUUCUGGCCAUAACCACUCCUGCCGCCCUCUACCGGGGUGGCUUCUGGAAGCUGACCUUUGGGUAGGCACUGGGUACGGGGCCUGCUCACUGGCUGACCCGGUGAGGCCUGCCUUUCCGAAGUUUCUCAGGCUGGGAGGGGGUGGCCAAGACAGGGAGGGGCUGGGGCCCACUCGGCCUGUGGGGGACCUGGAUUCCUCAGGAAUCUUAGCUUCUGCUCCCUCUUCCCUGCUGCUUCUCCAGGGUCCUUUGGCCCUGUUUCCCUGCCCUUCAGGGCAGUGGGUCAGGGGCCGCUGGAGCGCUCAGCAGCAAUUCCCCUCCCGAAUCCUCCCCUCUUCCUGAACUUCACCGACUGGCUCUCCAGGACAAGGCAGCCAUGCCGCCCUUCCCCAAGCCCAGGUUUGGCUCUGUGGGUUGGCAGGGGCUGGGCUGGGUGAGGGGUUGCCGGCAUGCCAGGUCCUGAGUUUUUUUUUCUAGGCCUGCUUUUGGGCUAGCCUCUUGCAGGCUCUCCCUGGCUCAAGCCCAGGCCUGCCUUUCUCCACUACCCCACCCUCUGUCUGGGCCCACAUCCCUUUGGGAAGGAGGAGCUCCCAAGAAGCACAAUUAGGGGCUUGACCCUCACAUCUGGGCCGAUGGCCUGGGCAGAGGCUGGGACAGGAACCACUAGAGUCACGGAAACUGUUUUCCUAGGAGAGGCCCAGUACUGGCCUCCCUCCCAGGGUCCAGACCACCGCCUUCCUGGCUCCUCGUGCCCUGUCCUCGUCGUGCCCCUCCAGUCCCCUGCGCCUUUAUUGCUGUUUGGAUUAAAGCCUCUGUUUUGCACCUGUCACCCAUGUGAGGUGUGUCUUUUCAUGCCACCUGUUGAUUCCUUCUCCACGUGCCUGUUUGUCUCCCUAUCAGGUCCCCUUCCUGCAGGCCCAGGUGCCUGGGGCUUGGCUGGCUCAGCGGCCCCUGGGCCGAGCCUUCCCUGGGCAGCCAGUGAACAUGCAGCGGUCACCCAAGCAGGCCCUGGCGGGUCCUGGCUGUCCCCACCUGCAGCUGGAAGCCCUGUCCGUUGUGUGCUGAAGAGGGGACGCUGCCGGCAGCGAGGCCUCGGAAAGAUGCCAGGCUGUUCGUCCCUUCUUAGCAGACGGAAGGUGGACCCUCGCAACGACUCGUGCCUCCUGCCUUGUCAGCUCUUACCAGUGUGGCAGCCUCCUCUCUGGUCUCCUGACUCCACUCUGCCCUCCAAACCCCGGUUCCACACUGAGCUGCUCAAAGGUAAGUUCCCAUCAUUGUCUCACUGCUGGCGGAGCAGUCCACCACAUCAUCUGGGUCCUCCGAUCCCUUGCACUCUCCCCUGCUUCCUGCCCUGCAGGCACACUGCUCUCUCCUGGUCCUCUCAGAUGCCAACCUCAUUCCUGCCCCAGGACCUUUGUACCUGCUGUUUCCUCUGCUUGGAUUGCUUGGGUCUCCUGGUGAGCAGAGGUUCUGUCUGGUUGUUCAGGGCUCUGUUCAGAUGCCGCCACCUCCUAGGGGCCCUCCCUGCUUUCUCUGAGUUGCUGCUGAGGGAGCCUCCCCCAGGACAGCCGUUCCCCAACCUGCCCUCUGUUGUACCUGCCUCUAUGACACUCAUCAUGAUCAGAAUUUAUUAUCUGUUGAUUUGCUUACUUGGUUAUCAUCCCUUCUCUCAAUAGAACAUAAGCUUCAGGGGCGCCUGGGUGGCUCAGUGGGUUAAAGUCUCUGCCUUCGGCUCAGGUCAUGAUCCCAGGGUCCUGGUAUAGAGCCCUGCAUCGGGCUCUCUGCUCAGCAGGGAGCCUGCUUCCUCCUCUCUCUCUGCCUGCUUCUCUGCCUGCUUGUGAUCUCCGUCUGUCAAAUAAAUAAAUAAAAUCUUUAAAAAAAAAAAAAAAAGGAACAUAAGCUUCGUUGGAGGGCAGGAAGCAGGUUUAUGUGGUCACCACUGAAAUCUCCAGGGCCUGGAACAUGAAUGUCCCACGGUGGGCAGGGGCCCAAGACCUGAAGGAAGGAAGGAAGGAAGGAAUAAGACUUCCUGUCCCUGGAGUUAUCUUAGAAAAAGCUGGACAACAGGAGCUGGAUGGAGCCCCGGGGGCCAGGCUGUCCAACCCCCAGCUCCAGUGUGGGAGCCUGGGGCCCCAUGGAGAGCCAGCCUGGCAGGAUGACUUCCGAGUGUCCCAGGCUCUGAGGCCUUGUGCUUCUGUGGUUCAUGGUCAAACUCAGGCAGCACCGUCGAGGUGGACUGGGUGGACUUGGCCCUGGGUAGGCUGGAUCUAAGGGACAUUUCCCCCACCCCUCAACCAAGGGCAGAGAGGCAGAGCAGGAAAAGAGACACUGAGCAGGAGCUGUCCUGCUUUUGAGGACACAGAGAUGCCCCCCGCCGACAUAGCAGGGCAAGUGUCCAUCCCGGUGCUGAAGCCUCCCCGCCCCCUGGAAACAGUCAGUCCCCCUUGUUCUGAGGCCUUCCCGUGGUGCCUCCUCUGUUUUCCUGAUGGGGGCCAGAGCUCAUUCACAGCUGCCUUCCCCAUGCCUGCCCAACCCAUGGGAGGUGGGGUCACUCAGCCAACGGAAGUUUAUUGAGCACCUACUGUGUGCCAGGCUCUGCUCUCUCCGGAAGCAGUGAGCCCAUGAACUCCCUGGUUGGUGGAGUUUACAUCCUAGUGAGGAGACAGAGAGUGAGCAAAGGAACGGACCGUGGAACAUCCACCAGCCACAAGGGCUACGGGAAGAACACCGGUAAGGGCGGUAGAGGGGGACAAGUCUAGAGGGGCAGUCAGGGCGACACUGGGGCCGAGGGACCCGAGGGAGAGAGAGUUAGGAGAGGGCUGUGUGAGGCCCCAGGCCACACACAGCAAGAGCCCAGCCCUUGGGAUUGGAAGAUCCUGGCGAUGCACGCAGGAGGCGGGAGCGCCCCGACUCGUGGAGACUGGGGGGCUGAGUGCAAGGGCAGCAAGGCUGCGGCGGGGUUGCCCUGCAGGUCAGAGGGGGCACUGUUCAUCUACUCCCCACGGGGCAGGACCAGUGGCGUGGCGGGACUUCCUCUGGCUGGCUUAUGGGAUGCAACAUAGUGUGCCACUCCUUCCUGCCACGCCAUCAGCGGUGUCACAGAGCAGCCAGGGUGGCCCUAUUUCCACAGCCCGGACGUUGGCCAGCGAUGCACCAAUGAACUCUGCCCCCUCCCCAGCCGGUUUGCAACCAUCACCCUCCCGGCCAGUUUGGAGUUGGGUGGUGCUGGGAUCUGACUUAAAGGUUUUGCAACGGAAGUGGGACAGUCGGAGGGCGAAAGGGAGGAGGGGGGAGAGCAGCGAGCAGGUUCGCGCAGUCCUCUGGGCUCCAGGCACCGGAGGAGAGGGAGAGGGCAGGUGGGAAUCUGUUCCGAAUGAGAGCUGCUGGAGGUCAAGGGCGGGACUGGACGUGGGCUUAUGGGAAAAGAAGUCCAGAUGUGCCGGCGUUUGGGUCCAGAGCAACUCGCGCAUGGGUGCUCCAUUGACUGGAUGGGAAAGACGAGGGAAGCAGGGGCUGGGGUGAGACGUGAGCUCUGCGACACGCAGGACCCCCAGAAGAGAGGUCAAGUGGGUUUGGGACCCCUGAGCCACAUUCCUCAUGGAGGUCCCAACUGGGGACAGAGAUGUCAGGAGGGGUUGAGGGGACUACAAGAGCCUGUCCAGGAGAAGGUGGCAGGAAAGGGGAAGGGAACAAAAACCAGAGCCCAGGACCUCCGCGGCAUUCACGGAAUGGGAGAAGGACCCAGCAAAGGGGACUGGGGACAUAAGAGCCAGGAGAGUGAAACCAAAUUGCUUUCUGGCCCACUGUUUUCUUUUUCUUUCUUUCUUUUUCUUUUUUAAAAUUUUUCUUUAUUUACUUGACAGGCAGAGAUCACAAGUAGGCAGAGAGAGAGGGGGAAGCAGACUCCCUGCUGAGCAGGGACCCCCCCCCCCCCUAUGUGGGGCUCGAUCCCAGGACCCUGGGAUCAUGACCUGAGCCGAAGGCAGAGGCUUAACCCACUGAGCCACCCAGGCGCCCCUCUUUUUUAAAAAAAAAAAAAGAUUUUUUUUUAAGUACUGUCUGCACCCAUGUGGGGCUCGAACUCACAACCGCGUGCUCUGCCAGUGACUGAGCCAACGAGGUGCCCCUAUUUUUUAUUUUUUAAACUAAGCAUGAGGAAUGUGUAGAGGAAGGACAUUGGGGCGCGGUGACCAGGCAGUCCCCAUUCCUCUGGGAACAGAAUCCCUCUUCCCCUUGGAGAACCCAUUGGAAAGGACUCAGGCGGUCGGGCCAACCCUCUAGUCUUAGGGAUGGACACAUGCCCAGGCCCCCGCAGUCGGAGGGCCCCUGCCUCCUCGUCCUCUGUGAUUGGCUCAGGAAUGAGCACGUGACCGGACUGUGCCUAUGAUGUGUGAUCCCCGGUACUUCCGGGUGGGAGCUGUGGGUCGAUGCCCCUUCUGCCAGGGUUGCUAAGCUGGGGCAGCCGUUGUCCUGGGGAGGCUAAUGACCUGGCCUGCUGCGUCAUGGUGGGGCCCAGUGCCGAAAGAAAAUGCAGGGCCCCUUGCUCAGAAAGAAGGAAAAAGUGCCAUGGAAAGGACAUAGAAUGCUGUCACUCUUUUCUGCAGGCUUACACUCUGCUUGUCACGGUGGUUUUUUAUUUGCUGCUUAAUGUCAUUCUAAGUAAAGAAAAAUAAAAAUCUUUAAAUGAUUAG